GGGAGGGGUCGUCCUGCGGGUAGCCGGAGGCUGGUGAGGCUGUGGAGCCUGGGGUGAGAGCUGGAGUGCAGGGAAGGGAAAGGUGAGCAGAGCUGAAGGAGGGGACGCGCUGCCGGGCGCCCCCAGUCUAUGGAGCGGGGUAAGAUGGCGGAGGCGGAGAGCCUGGAGACAGCGGCGGAGCACGAGCGGAUCCUGCGAGAGAUCGAGAGCACUGACACGGCCUGCAUUGGGCCCACGCUCAGGUCUGUCUAUGAUGGUGAGGAACAUGGACGAUUCAUGGAGAAGCUUGAAACUCGCAUCCGCAAUCAUGACAGAGAAAUUGAAAAAAUGUGUAACUUUCAUUACCAGGGCUUUGUGGACUCCAUAACUGAACUGCUGAAAGUGAGAGGAGAAGCUCAGAAACUCAAAGUAAGUAGGCUCUAAGUGACAUUUGUUUCUCUGUCCUGGCCUGAGGUUUGGUUAGCAUUAAAGGAUUAUGGACUACAAUGAAUAGCACAUAUUUGUAGUAAAAAUUUUUGUGUAGUAAGAAAGAAAUUUAUAGUGAAAUCUAGCCAACUGAAAUUAUGACUUUUUGGCUAAAAAGAAUACCCUUUUAAGUCAUGGUUUAAUUGAGAUUACUACUUGUGGAUCAGUAACUGUUUCUUUUGAAUAGAAACAUGGUUGGACUCAGUUUGACAUGAGUCAUCUGCUUUCUUGUGGGAUAAAAUCUAUCACGGUAGGAUGACAAAAUUUUAGGGCAUUGUGUAGAAUUUUUUG